AUGCCUCGCUUCAUUGAUGUAAAAGAGGAGAAUCGUCUGAGCGUUCAAGUCUCAGCCGAUCUCGCUCGUGGUACCUUCAAUGUCCCUCAAAUCACGGCUACAAGAAGUUACAUCAAGGAAAAUGUGGCUGGAAUCAAGAACUUGACUACCACUUUUACUGCUUCAACUGAUAUGAAUCGAUUCAAGACUUCUCAUUCAGCUAGUCUCACCUAUCGGCAAGAUCUUGGAAAGAAUAUUGAUUUACAAUUUGGAGCAAAGUGUGAUCUGGAAGAUGGGAAAGUAGUGAUUCCACUGACUUUGACCGACAAGUCGACAGGAUUAUCAGCCGGUCUCGAGAUCAAAGCAACCAUCAACUUAAGAGAAUUGCAAGAAAAUGGAGUUAACUUAUUCGUCAAACUGCCGAUGUUUGGUGGAAAUGUCACUCUCAAGUACAAUCCAAUCACUCAAGCUGUUCUCGUUCAAUUUGCUACAAGUCUCGACUAUCCAAAAGGAAAACCUGAUGAUGAUCCGGAAGCCACUUGUUGCUGCUUGACGGUCGACUACAACCAAGGGGUUCAAGUGGAGCAAAUUGUUCAGGUUCAGAAGAGGAAAAGAAGCCCCAUUCGACAAGUGAGGACUAAUACAAAUGACAAUGGCGGCUUUUGGCGUUGGCUGGGCAGUCUCUUCGAAAAGAAUGAGGAGAACUACGUUACUAAU